AACUGAAAAUAAAAGAAAUACAAAAUGAACAUAAAUUUGCCCAAUUUCAAUAUGAAGAACCUGGUCAAGGAGGCGGGCAGUACAAUAUCACGCGUGGUGCAGCUAACCGAGGAGAAAUUGGGCACCACCGAGCGCACCGAAUACGAUAUACACUUCCAGAAUCUGGCCGAACGCGCCGACCUUACAAAAUCAUGGACGGAGAAACUUGUGCGCGACACCGAAACGGUACUUAUACCAAAUCCACAGAAUCGUGUCGAGGACUACAUAUUCGAGAAGAUUGAGAAAUCGAAACCGAAACGUAUCAGCAAUCUGGAGCAUUUGGCGCUGGAUAUGAUCGAGGCGGGCGGUGACUUUGGCCAGGACAUGCCCUACGGCCAGGCGCUCAUCAAAGUCGGCCAGGCCGAACAGAAGCUGGGGCAGUGCGAGCACGACUUCAUUGCCACAUCGGGCAUUUGUUUUACGCAACCGUUGCGCAAAUUUCUCGAUGGCGAAAUGAAGACCAUCAGCAAGGAGCGCGGCCUGCUGGAGACCAAGCGCUUGGAUCUGGAUGCGUGCAAGAAUCGAUUGAAGAAGGCGCGCAGCAUGCUCGGCCAGCAGGCGAAAGAUGGUAUCUCGCCCGAAGCUGUCUUCGAACAGGCGGAGCGGGAUCUGCGUGUGGCUCAGGCCGAAUUCGAUCGCCAGUCGGAGAUAACGAAACUGCUGCUGGACGGGAUCAGCACCUCACAGGCAUCCCAUUUGCGUCAUCUGCACGCCUUCAUCCAGACCCAGGUGCGAUACUACAAACAGUGCGGCGAUGUUAUGGAUCAACUGCAGCGCGAGCUGGCCAAAAUGCAGCCCGGCAAGCCACGCCUACGCAUCAAUAGCGAGGAUGUCGAUGGGCCUCCCAGCAUUAUUUCGGCGCAAUCAUGUGAUUCUAUUCCGAAUGACACUGCACUAGCACUAGAUAGCGAUUACGGUUACGAUUAUGAUCAACAACACGAUCGAGAUCAAGAUAAUGAGGCUGGCUAUCAAAGCAUUGAUAUUGGGCCAGUCAAGGCACUCACGCAUCUGCUGGAAGACUUUGAGAUCGAAUUCGAUACGAGCGCCAUAACGACAGUCAUAUUCGUUACUGAAUGCUCGCCGGUGAACGAGGAUUACAUGUACGGCAAGCAGGGACUGAUGAAGGGCCUUGUGCCACGCGCCUUUGUCGAAAUGCUCGAUGAUGAGGAUGGCCACGAGGUCACGCACUAAGCUGUUAAGCACCCAAACCCAAACCAAAAUUGGCAAAAAGACAAAAUACACAUCCAAAUCGAAAGAGAGGAAAAAUAAUGAAAACACAAAUACUCCAAAGUUGAUAUAGACAAGCAAUUGGACAAUUACAUUAUUUAGUUCAUACAAAUUAUGCAAGAGAGUACAAUAAUUUAUCAGAAUAUACACAUAUAGACAAAGACACAUACAACAACAUGUUAACUAUAUUAGUAUGUUUAAUUUAGUGAGAAAGAGCAGUGCGCUUUAGCUUAGACCCAUGUCCGUUGAUGUCCUGUGUGCCUCAUGUCAACCACAACAAGCAUUCCACCGCAUAUAUAUACUUCAUCCUAAUCCAAAUCCCAAUUUUUGCUACUUGCUCAGCUUUUAAAUAAGAGAGGCCAGUACUGGCCAGCAAUUAAUUAAUUAUACACACAUAUAUAUACCAUUUAUUAACACCAAUUUGGCUAAGAUUGAGUCUCUACUUAAACACAAAUAUGCCAAGCAAUUGUUUUUGAACUUCCUUAAAUCAACUAACUCAAAAAUUACUACUUAUGAACUUAUAUUUAUAUGAUGCAAAAAAUGUUAAAACAAUUUCAAAACGUCUA